AUGGCUCCUCAUGUGAAUGAGCAACAGGGCUUGCAGCAGCUGGACUGGGAGCAGCAAACAGGGACACAACAGCUGGACUGGGAGCAACAGGGCUUGCAGCAGCUGGACUGGGAGCAGCAGGGCUUGCAGCAGCUGGACUGGGAGCAGCAGGGCUUGCAGCAGCUGGACUGGGAGCAGCAGGGCUUGCAGCAGCUGGACUGGGAGCAGCCACAGGAGCCACACCCACCUUUGCCACAGCCGGAGCAGGAGCAGGCUGGCACACAGCAGCACACGGGCACACAGCAGCUGGAGCCGCAGCCCCCCUUAGACCCCCCACACGAGCCACAGCCCCCCUUGGAGCCCCCACACGAGCCGCAGGGUCUGCAGCAGCUGGACUGGGAGCAGCAAACGGGGACACAGCAGCUGGACUGGGAGCAGCCGGGUCUGCAGCAGCUGGACUGGGAGCAGCAAACGGGGACACAGCAGCUGGACUGGGAGCAACAGGGCUUGCAGCAGCUGGACUGGGAGCAGCCACAGGAGCCACAUCCACCUUUGCCACAGCCGGAGCAGGAGCAGGCUGGCACACAGCAGCAGACGGGCACACAGCAGCUGGAGCCGCAGCCCCCCUUAGACCCCCCACAGGAGCCACAGCUCCCCUUGGAGCCCCCACACGAGCCGCAGGGUCUGCAGCAGCUGGACUGGGAGCAGCCACAGGAGCCACAGCCCCCCUUGGACCCCCCACAGGAGCCACAGCCCCCCUUGGACCCCCCACAGGAGCCACAGCCCCCUUUGCCGCAGCCGGAGCAGGAGCAGACGGGCACACAGGAGCAGACAGGCACGCAGCAGCUGGAGCCACAGCCCCCGGAACAGCCAGAGCAGCCCAUGGUUCUGGUGGGUUGAGGGUGGAGCAGGUCAGAGGAGCAGGUGGAGAGAGAGAGAAGGUACUCAGUGUGGGGCCUCCUGGGCC